AUGCAAGAGAAGCUACAGGAGUAUUUGGUUCGGGACGGGAUGUGUCUUCUGGAUCUCCACGAUGCUGUAAGUCUGGUUAUCCAGCACAAUGAGUAUUUUGCGGUUGUAGAUUCUGGGAUACGCAAUAAUGAGGGUUUGGCAACAGGAACUGGAACCUCAGUUGUUGUGUUCAACACCUGCUUCAAUGACCUGAUGCUACACAUCGGGAACCUGAAGAAGUCGUUGGAUGCACGGUGGUAUGGUGUUUCCAGAAUUAUUGUAGAGGAGAAUUUGCCCAAAAACAGAGUCAUUGAUGGGCAGAAGUUUGAGUUUCAGUAUGGGGAUUUUGUUGCAGGACAAGUGGGCGUGGUUCAGGGACAAUUUAUUGAUGCAGAGCGUGGCACAGGCUUGCGUCACAAAGUCCGUAGAUGGCCAGUGAGUGUCUAUACUGGGCGUAGUAACAAGCUGGUCAUCCCUGAGGGAACUCCAGGCAAGCAGUUCGUUUUGCUUGUUGGAGACUCCCAUCUUCGCGCUGUUGCUGAUGGGAUAGUCAAAAUGCCAGGAGAAAAGCUGUCUUUUGGCAUUAUGGCGACUCCCGGUGCCGACGCUAAUCAGCUGCGUACAGAGGUUUCACAUGCGGUGAUUCCUCUGGUCCCAGACGCAGUCUGUCUCAUGGCACCCAGCAACAACCUUACGGCCAGCCGAACCGUUGAUGAAGCGGGACAGGCUUUUAGCCAAUAUUUGAGGACAGCGUGCGAACGCUGGCCGAAGGUCUUUGUGGUGGAUUCUGUCCCGCGACUUACGGUCCCAGGGGAAUACCAAGAGCUCAUGCGGCAAGAGUUCCACCGUCAGUCAGUACGUCUGGGUGUCAAGUAUUGGCACAUGGCUGACCAUUUCCCCCUGGGACGUCGGGAGUUGUGGUGCCCUGAUGGUAUCCACCUUAGUGAUAACGUUGGGAUGCCAAUCCUUGUGCAGUUGCUGUGGAGUGCCGCCUACCAGCAACUGGAGACACCAGCACCUGUGCCACCGGUGCAACGCCAGGUGUCUCCUAAGCCAUCUGUGCCAAGGAUUGCUCCCAGAGUGGUUGUGAAGGGGGAGGUACCAGCUACACGUCCACCCCCUUCCGAGUGGACGCUGGUGGAAUCGGGCAGGAAGAGGAACCAUUCGGGAGAAGCUGGGCAUGCCCCUGCUUCACCCAAGAGGAGGGUGGUUCCCCGCCAGGCGGAUGGCACUCCGGUGGCCUUAAGGGAGUGUUUCAUCCCACUCAAUCCUGUCCGAUUCUCUACAUCUAUUCUGGCUGCCAUGGAUAAGUCUUUUCCAUCGGCUCUUGGCGACUUUCCUACAGGCAAACCGCCCUUGCCUGAGGAACCUCGUCGCAGGUCUGCUGUCAUUAAGCAGACGCGGGUUAGGCAGCAGAGGACACCUACAACAGACGCAGCGUUGGAAAAGGUUGAGGCCACACCAAGCCUGGUGUCUGCCUGUGAUGUGCCAGGGCCCACCUGUUCUGAGGCGGUUCCGACGGCUGUCCAGGUGCCAGCGGGUGGUGGCUUGCAGCGCACACAAGAAGCCACCACAGUGUUCCUCUCCCGCAUGUAUAAUAAGAACCAUCGCUUGAUGCGCUGGGCCCUCAUCGCUCAAGAGUAUGACAUCAACAUUGUACACAAACGGGGUGCAGACAAUCAGUUCGCUGAUGCCUUGUCCAGACGAGAUGAAUGA